AUGUCCGCUUGUAAAGUGUUAUUUCUGGGUGUUUUAAGACACCGGGUUCGGUUGAGAUUAUGUAGUAGAAAUGUCACCACUUGGUCACCGGUUGGAGCUGCGUUCAACGCCAAAGCUGCAAAGAGACUGGACCUGUAUCAACAAAACGUGGGUUUGUUUGGGGUUCCUGAGCUGAAGAGCACUGAGGGGUUUGAGGUGGUCCAGAAGAAAGCUCUACAGGAGACCGAGUGCCUGGUGGAGAAAGCCUGCAGUACGCCGCCUGGACGAGUGACCGUGGAAACAUUUGACAAACUGUCAGACAGUUUAUGCAGAGUGGCUGAUCUGGCAGACUUUAUUAAAGUGGCUCAUCCAGAUCCACAGUACAGAGAAGCAGCAGAGAAAACCUGCAUCAAAAUUGGUACCACAGUGGAAAAGUUAAACACUAAUGUUGAUUUAUGCAAGAGUUUGAAGAAUCUGUUGGAUAAUGAAGAGGUUCUGGCCAAGCUGGAUCCAGAAACAAGGCGAGUAGCUGAACUCUUUAUGUUUGACUUUGAGAUAAGUGGGAUUCAUCUGGAUGAAAAACAGAGAAAAGAAGCGGUCAAUUUGAAUGUUCAGCUUUUGGAUCUAAACAAUCGCUUUCUAAUGGGCUGCCACACGCCGAACCGAAUCGAGAGAAGAGUGCUCCCUAAUCACCUUCACCAGCAUUUCGCCAGUGAAGGCAAAUACAUCCAGAUAGCAGGAUUACAUGCUGAUUCACCUGAUGAUCUGGUUCGGGAAGUUGCCUACAGGAUUUUCCUCUACCCAAAUAGUGAAAUGUUGAGAACCCUUGAGGAACUGCUAUCCUGCAGAAAUAAGCUAGCGAAGCUGGUGGGCUAUGAAUCAUAUUCACACAGAGCACUGAAAGGAGCCAUGGCUAAAAGUCCAGACGUAGUGAUGAACUUUCUACAACUUCUAACGGACAAACUAAAAGACAGAACUGCAAAGGACCUAGAAAUGAUGAAAGACAUGAAAACUAAAUUAAAUCCCAUGAAUCCGGAUCUUAUGCCAUGGGAUCACCCCUACCUGAGUGGAGUUAUACGUGCUGAAAGGUUCAACAUCGAGCCAAGUCUAUACAGCCCGUACUUCUCUCUUGGUGCCUGUAUGGAGGGUCUGAACAAUCUUUUUACACAGCUGUUUGGUGUUUCACUUAUGGCUGAACAACCCAGUGCAGGAGAGGUGUGGAACGACGACGUACGCAAACUGGCGGUGGUACAUGAAACCGAGGGACUGCUGGGAUAUAUUUACUGUGAUUUCUUCUAUAGACAAGACAAACCACAUCAGGACUGCCAUUUUACCAUCCGUGGAGGGCGUCAGCUGGACGAUGGGCAAUACCAGCUGCCAGUGGUGGUGCUCAUGUUGAACCUCCCUCACCCGACCCACAGCGCCCCUUCUCUCCUCACACCAGCCAUGAUGGAAAACCUUUUUCACGAGAUGGGCCACGCCAUGCACUCCAUGCUGGCACGCACACACUACCAGCAUGUGACUGGUACUAGGUGUGCUACUGAUUUUGCAGAGGUGCCUUCUGUUCUAAUGGAAUACUUUGCCACUGAUUAUCGUGUCAUCAGCCAAUUUGCUCGCCACUAUCAGACAGGACAGCCUCUGCCCGAGAGCAUGGUGGCCCGACUUUGUGAGUCCAAGAAAGUGUGUGGUGCUGCUGAUACUCAACUUCAGGUUUUCUAUGCAGCCUUGGACCAGGUUUAUCAUGGCAAACCCCAAAAUCAUUCAACAACAGAUAUCCUGAUUGACAUGCAGCAGAAAUACUACGGGUUGCCCUAUGUUCCCAAUACAGCAUGGCAGUUAAGAUUCAGCCACCUGGUCGGCUAUGGAGCAAAGUACUACUCUUACCUGAUGUCUCGAGCCGUGGCUUCCAUGGUGUGGAGGCAAUGUUUCCACAAGGACCCCUUAAACAGGGAAAUGGGAGAAAGAUACCGGAGAGAGAUGCUGGCUCACGGGGGAGGGAAGGAGCCCAUGCUGAUGGUGGAAGGAAUGUUGCAGAGAACACCAUCCAUAAAUGAUUUUGUUGAUGCUCUUGUCUCUGACCUGGACCCAAAUUUCGAGACCUUCAUCAUGGACUCAGAGGGGUAAACUGUUAACUAAAAAAAACAACAGACUUUAAAUAUGCAAGAAUCCUACCAUUCAUCUCUGAUGUAGAUUUCUAUACCAGACAUCCAAACCAAUCACUUGUUUAGUCAGUCAUAUUUGAUUAACCUCCCGCCUAGAUGGUAUGAAAAUCAAAAGACAUUUAUGAAAAAGAUGUACCCAAGUGCUUGGAUAAAACAAAUAAAACAGAUACUUUUAGCCCUGGUGUGACACUUGUACAUUAAGUACUAAUGAUGCCUUGUUUUGUGACAAUAGCGUGUAAUGAUACAGUGGAACUAGUUAUGGAAUUAGUUAUAUUGUGCAGUACUUUUAGCUGCGUUCAGGUCUUGUCUAAUAUGUAGUAAUUAUGAGGUUAGUGUACAUAAAUACCACAAUCUUGUGAUUAUCAGGGGAAAACUCAGGUCUUCCAUAAACCCAAAUUGGAGGUGGGUCAGAAAGACAGUGAAUAAUUGAGUCGGUGUGUGUGAUUUCUAAAUGUGUAACAAUGUUUUAUGGGCAUUUUUAAAUGAUAUGUAUAACAUGCAUUAAUAAUUCCUAGGUGUAUUAUAACUACAUGCAAUUAUUAUCAAAUAAGGCACAAUUAGUACAUGUUUCAAUUGUCACUUUACAGCUAGAAAGUGUUGCUUUCAUUUAUUAAUAAAAUAGACUGUCAAUCAUGUCAGUGAUUUUUUUUCUACAGCUGAUUUUGUAUUUACUUGUAUUUGAGUAAUUUAGAUAUUUAGGUGUUAUUUAAUAA